GAGUUUGUGACUGUCUCAUGAAAAAAUGGCGGAUCAGGUAGUUGAUUGCGAGUUUCAAGCUCUUCGUAAUAGAUUUAAACAUAAUGCAGAGCUGCUUUUGCAUGGGAAUUCGCUAGGAACUGACAUUGACAACACUCCAGAAGAUGAAGACAAGAAGGAAAAACCACUACCUCGGUUUAAUCGCCACGCAGUGUUUUGGAUAUUGGCUUCAGGCACUUUGACAUACUACGUUGACUUCUUUGGUGUCAUUAAAGAGGAUGUGCACAUUAAAAGUUGGUGGUUUAAUAUUGGCCUCAUAUUGCUGGCUAUAUGCUUAGCACUGGCCUUGUUCUGCAUACUUUUCCUGGAAUGGUUCUGUGGAAUGCGAGAUUAUGACAGAGAAUACCCAGCAAUUGCACCUAUUACAACUGCUGCAUUUAUUGCAGCAUCAGGCAGUUUUAAUAUAGCCUUGUGGCCUGUCUGGUCUUUCUUCACGCCUGUAAUCCUUUUUACCCAAUUCAUGGGUGUGGUGAUGUUCAUCUCCCUUCUUGGGUAAUAUACUGUAUGAAAACACUCAACUUAUUCUCAUACACAUCUGCGUGGGUCAAGUGGAAUGUGGUGGACAGACAUCAGAAAUUAAAUUUUGGGGGAAAGGUGUUUUUUUAUUUUUUUCAAAAAAGCUAAGAUUUUUUUAGAUAACAUUAACAAUUAUUUUCUUACCUUAUGGUAUGUAUGCUAUAUGUAUUAUAAACAAGUUUCUUUAUAAAAUACAUUUGUUAUUCUGUUAUUCAAAUUUGUUGAUCAUGUGAAAUUCAUCAGUUGAGUCCAUAUACAUAUCAAUGAUACUGUAAGAUAGCUUACAUUCAAGAUUUGUUGCAUAUAUACUUUAUAUAAAAUGUGAAAAUGUGUAAGAUUGUUUUGGAUACUGAAAAAGCCAAUUUUUCCAAAAUAUUUCAUUUUCUAAAUAUUCAACACUCAAAAUUAAGCACAGCCCAGCAAUAAGUAUUUUACUGAUCCUCAUUUAGCUUUGACAACUUAAAGAAGGCUCCAGUUCCUCUGGAUUGUAUCGCUUGUGUUUGUGAAUUGUUUUAAUUACACAAAUAUUUUAUUAAAUUCAGAUCUUUAUGAUGUGGAGUGUAUGUACAUUGACUUUAUGUUCCCUAAACCAAUUGGUAUUUAAUUUGGAUGUGUUGUUUUGUUUUUAUCUUGCUGCAAGGUUCAUGUGUGACCACAUUUGAGCUUCUUAGCACAGGAAAAGUUUUUUAUAUAAUGAGUCCUGAUAUGCACUGGAAUCCAUCCAUGCCUCUAUUCUAAGAAAGAAACCACAAACUGAAGAAGCAAAACAGACCCAUCUACAUACUUCAUAGACACAAUACAUUUUUAUACGAUUGGCUCAUUUACUUUCUGUGCUAAUCAUAUCGGUAGUGAGGCUGUCUGGUCAUCCAAUUUAUGUUUCUUCCAAAUACAUUGUGGUUCCAAUUAACCUGUCCUCAUGACGAUCUGCUAUAGUCACCAGUUCCAUGAGACCUAUCAAGAAUUGUACUCUUUAUCAGUGUUGUAUCCUUAUGUGUUAUUUUUUAGAAGAUUUCCAAGUGUUGUCACUAUUCUGACAGUUUGUAUAAUCUUGCAUUCUCCUUGGAUAGCGCUAUCCAUAUCGCAUUAGCCUUGUACUCGGCCUCCUGUGAGUCCGAAUGUGACUUUUCUACAAUAUUUUAGUAAUAUUUAGUAAAACUACAAGAUUUUACUUAAUGUUAAAUGUUGUUCUAUGUUUUCCUAUAUCAGUUUAUCAUAUAUGCAACAACUACUGAAUACACAUAUAUAUAUAUAUUUUUUUUGCUGAAUUACAUUUAUUUUCCAUUCAGUUAGGGGUAGAGAUGUGUUCCCAAACUGAAAUGAAAGAGAAAUAUUUCUGUAAUCCUACAAAAGUUUACCGAAUUACUGUAGAAAUUACCUUUUCACAUUCAGUAAUCUAUUGUCUUAAAGGCAUUUUGAGAUAUUUUGUUUUGCUGUAUGAUUUUUAGUAUUUUUAUAAUUAAUUUCAUGAAGUCUGUUUGCUUUGUGUUUGAAUUUCCUUCCUUUGAAAAGCUUCAAAACACUCCAGAUCCUAAAAGAAUAAAAUGAGUGUCUUUAGCUAAGAUCCACCUAAUAAACCCAUUAAAGCUACAACAUUGGAAUUGGAUGCUUCUAUUUUAAAAUGUUAAUUACAGUUCCACUGAUCAUGUAAUGCAUGACUUGUACAUUUUUAAAAAGUUUAUGUUAGACAGCAUUGGUUGAUCCCUUUCAAAGAUUCUUUGCAAUCAACCUCCUUUGUUGUUGAAGAUAAUUGCUUUGAUGCUGCUGUUAGAAUAGUCAGAUGGGAACUUUCUCUGUUGUAUGCCUGUUCUUUAUGUUCUGUGUUCAUUAUUUAGUAAUAAUUGCUGUAAACUACCAGUGUUUUAAAUCCCUUUAAAUACUACCUUAGGAACACUUUGGAACUUUUGUCCAGUCAUUCAAAAUGUAAUUCUCUUUGGCAUUAGUUUUCAUUAAGGUUUUACCUUGAAUUUUGUGCAACACUUAUUUGUAAGAUGGUGAUGGCACCAUCAUGACAGUUUUAAGUAGCACUAAUGUGGAAUACCUGUACAGGAACACAUGAUUUAAAAACAUGUGAAAGAAGAAUGGAGAAAAUAUAUUCCUAAAGGUACAGUCUAUUUGAGGUAAUUUGUCUGUACAUAUUAUGCAAUACCGUUCACAUUUGUUACGAAGUGCCGUCAUUGUGGUUUUUAUGAGUUGUUUUUUUCUGAGUCAUUGUGUAUAAUUUAUAUUGUAAGGUUAUGAAAUCAAGGUUUUUGCCGGUGUUUUUAUUUAUGCCCUUUUAAUUAUAAUCCCUGAUUAAUCCUUUAGGGCUGCUCCCUGCUAUAGUUCAUAGUCUUGCACGCUUUGUUUCCAUAACCAACACUUAAAAAGCAAUACCAUACUAGUAGUGUAAUGUUUGCCAGUAGGGAAAGGAGUAGGAGGCAUUGCUUUGUUGCUUAACCUGAUAUUUUGUGUAAGAUUUGUUGCUGAAUCAAGCAUGGAAAUUCAUGUUACAUUAAAAAAAUAAGUACACUAAAACAAAGAUGGCAGGACUAUAAAGAGUUUGUCCAGUUGCAAAACUUUCUUCCUUUGUAGCACCUUAAAAGUGUUUUUUUAUUAAUAUCGAGGUAACAUUAACAUUGAGGAAAUGGAGAGAGAACAUUUGGGUUUUACGUUGUUUUACUUUCCUUUAUUUUUAUUUAUUUAUUUUCAUUUACUUUCAAUUUAAACAGUAAACAUAGCUGAAAAUCAAAAUACAGAUGUUAAAAAGUCAAUUAAAUAACCAUAGGCAAAUAUAGUUUCACUGCAUUUUUGCUUAGGAAAUAUAUUUGGAAUUAGAGUAAAGGGAUCAUAAUUAGGGGUUUUAUCUUCUAUGGUGAAUCACAUUCUUUGCCAUUUCUGGAAAUAUAGUUUGUAUAGUUGUAGACAAAAUCUGCAAACAAUAAUUAAAUUAUUAUUUUAUCAAUAUCAACCCAGGUAUUUUUUUAUGUAGAUCUUCCCUGUAUUGCUUUAAGCCACUGAUAUUCUUAGUUGCUGGAUGUAUAGUGGUUGUGAUAGGUAUCGUCAUGUAAGUUAUUACAAAAUAAACAUUUGGGCAUCUUUUCAGUCACUCCAACAAGCUUUGGUACACCUGGUGUACCAUUUGUUAUUGUCAGUGCAGCUUUUCUUCCACAUAUUAUAAAGUACAAAUAGGUUUGAAAAUAAUAGGCUUAUUUACUGAAAAAGUCAAGGUAAUAAGUUCAUAGGGUGGGGUGUAUUUUCCAGUCUUUAGAUAAUUAUGAUUAAUGGUACUUUUGUAUUGAAAGAUUGUGUAACUGCUACAAUAUAUGUGCAGAAUGCCAUGUCGUGGUGUGUUCUUUGAGGUUCUGGUACUGUAGUAUUAAAAAAAAUCUUUUAACUAUGUAAACAGUAUCAGUAUUUAGUUUCAUUAGAUGUUUAAAAUUAUCAAAAGUCUCCUGUGUGUUUUUGUAUGGCUAUAGUGCAUGUGAUUGAGUGUUUUUUUAAAAACAUUUUUAAGCACUGCCUUUCUUCCAAAUGAUUCCUUAUACUAAGCCAUUUGCACAACAUGUCAUAUUGCACAACAAAACUAAAAGCUAUUUAGUAAUAAGUUGUCAGUCCUUUGGUGUUGUCCUUCCAAGUAAUCUAUAGCAGUGAACUCCCAGCAACGUCACUUUGAAGUGGCAUUGAUUUCCAAAGACCCAUUGUAGAUGUAAACAGGAGAGUUCUGCUUUACAAUCUUACCAGCAGUUCACUGUCAUCAUCUGCCGUGGAAGGAAUAAGGGAAGGUGUAAGUUUUUUUUAAUACAUAGAAAAUUAAUUAUAGGACUCUAGUACAUACGUAAUUUCAUGUCUUCUCAGAAGUGAAAGUUAGUAAUAAUCACAUGAGUCCGACUCUUACCAAAUGUAGCGUUUUUCCAGGCAGAGAACUAGAUCUGUGUAAUCAUAAGGGUAAUGGUUUCAGUUUAUUGAAUAUAGGAAUUUUCUAAUAAUUGCUUGCAUAAAUGCUUCUAGAUUAUUUAAUAAGACUUGUGAAGAAAGUGCAUUUUACAUUUUAAUGUAUAUAUUAAUUCAGAUUGCUCCAGUAAAGUAAUGGUUGUCCUAUGUUGCCUUACAGUAUGUGCAAUUUCAAAUUUUAUUAUAAUUAUACCUACUCAGAACCUCAUAAGAUGUCAACUGAGAAGUAUAAUUCCUACAGGAACUUUUGUUUAAUUUAGGGGAUAUUAUCCCAACCUGUGAAUCUAAUGUAUUGAAAUGCAGCCUUCCUCAACACCACGACACAGGAGAAUAGCACAUCAAGAUCAUGCUAUCUUGCAGCAUUAUAGAUGUGCCCUUAGCUGUUCACUGUAUUAUUUAAAUCCACACUGCUUUUGAUUGAAUGAUUGAGAGAUAAUCUGAGCCAAAUGUACUCUAAGUGAUGUAAGUCUAUUGAGAGGCAACACAGUUAUGGAAAGCAGUGAUGCAAAUGUGUUUUUU